AUGGUCACGCUCCAACCAACAACCAGGUCGUGGCAACAUUUUGGCGGAGCUGUCAACAUUCUGGCGCAGCUGUCAACAUUUUGGCGGAGCUGUCAACAUUCUGGCGCAGCUGUCAACAUUUUGGCGGAGCUGUCAACAUUCUGGCGGGGCUGUCAACAUUUUGGCGGGGCUGUCAACAUUCUGGCGGGGCUGUCAACAUUUUGGCGGAGCUGUCAACAUUCUGGCGCAGCUGUCAACAUUUUGGCGGAGCUGUCAACAUUCUGGCGGGGCUGUCAACAUUUUGGCGGAGCUGUCAACAUUCUGGCGGAGCUGUCAACAUUUUGGCGGAGCUGUCAACAUUCUGGCGGGGCUGUCAACAUUCUGGCGGAGCUGUCAACAUUUUGGCGGAGCUGUCAACAUUCUGGCGGGGCUGUCAACAUUUUGGCGGAGCUGUCAACAUUCUGGCGCAGCUGUCAACAUUUUGGCGGAGCUGUCAACAUUUUGGCGGAGCUGCUCAAAAUGAAAUCAAACGCACCAUCUUCCGCACCCCCAAUACAUCCACCCACCCCUCACACCUAUCUAUCAUCACUCACACCUACCAACGUUCAUCCAAGUCACCAUCAUUACUACAUCAUUACCUCCCCAACCACCUCAUCUACCUCCCCACCCACCUCAUCUACAACCCCAACCACCUCAUCUGCCUCCCCAACCACCUCAUCUACCUCCCCAACCACCCCAACCACCUCAUCUACCUCCCCACCCACCUCAUCUACAACCCCAACCACCUCAUCUGCCUCCCCAACCACCUCAUCUACCUCCCCAACCACCCCAACCACCUCAUCUACCUCCCCAACCACCCCAACCACCCCAUCUACCUCCCCAACCACCCCAACCACCUCAUCUACAACCCCAACCACCUCAUCUGCCUCCCCAACCACCUCAUCUACCUCCCCAACCACCCCAACCACCUCAUCUACCUCCCCAACCACCUCAUCUACCUCCCCAACCACCUCAUCUACCUCCCCAACCACCCCAACCACCUCAUCUGCCUCCCCAACCACCUCAUCUACCUCCCCAACCACCCCAACCACCUCAUCUACAACCCCAACCACCUCAUCUACCUCCUCAACCACCUCAUCUACCUCCCCAACCACAUCAUCUACCUCCCCAUCCACCUCAUCUACCUCCCCAACCACCCCAUCUACCUCCCCAACCACCCCAACCACCUCAUCUGCCUCCCCAACCACCUCAUCUACCUCCCCAUCCACCUCAUCUACCUCCCCAUCCACCUCAUCUACCUCCCCAACCACCUCAUCUACCUCCCCAACCACCCCAACCACCUCAUCUGCCUCCCCAACCACCUCAUCUACCUCCCCAACCACCUCAUCUACAACCCCAACCACCUCAUCUACCUCCUCAACCACCUCAUCUACCUCCCCAACCACAUCAUCUACCUCCUCAACCACCUCAUCUACAACCCCAACCACCUCAUCUACCUCCUCAACCACCUCAUCUACCUCCCCAACCACCUCAUCUACAACCCCAACCACCUCAUCUACCUCCUCAACCACCUCAUCUACCUCCCCAACCACAUCAUCUACCUCCCCAUCCACCUCAUCUACCUCCCCAUCCACCUCAUCUACCUCCCCAUCCACCUCAUCUACCUCCCCAACCACCUCAUCUACCUCCCCAACCACCCCAACCACCUCAUCUGCCUCCCCAACCACCUCAUCUACCUCCCCAACCACCCCAACCACCUCAUCUACAACCCCAACCACCUCAUCUACCUCCUCAACCACCUCAUCUACCUCCCCAACCACAUCAUCUACCUCCCCAUCCACCUCAUCUACCUCCCCAACCACAUCAUCUACCUCCCCAACCACAUCGUCUACCUCCCCAUCCACCUCAUCUACCUCCCCAACCACCUCAUCUACCUCCCCAACCACCUCAUCUACCUCCACAACCACCUCAUCUACCUCCCCAACCACCUCAUUUACAACCCCAACCACCUCAUCUACAACACCAACCACCUCAUCUACCUCCCCAACCACAUCAUCUACUUCCCCAACCACUACUUGA